AUGCAAAGAACAAGCGGUAGAGCAGGCAGCAGCGCUUUGCGCGACUACUACGGCCUGGCCGCCUCCGCCUCCGCCUCCGCUUCCGCUUCCAACGGUUCUAGCAGCGCAGGUACAGCAGUCGCUUCCUCCUCAUCCUCACCUUUGCAUCCCGACUCGAUCAACUUCUCGCCCUCAUUGGCCUUGGAAAAUUUGAGAAGGACAAAGAAUGCGGCUGGAUUGAUGAAUGAUCAGGCUAGGCUCUUGACCGAGAUCAGGGAACUGGAUGGGGAGAGGCAGAGCUUGGUGUACAAUCAUCAUCACGAGCUGGUAGCUGCUAGCGAGACCAUACGCAGAGUAAGCGCGGAGCACAUGAGCACAUGAUGUUGCAGGAAUUGUGGGAAAUGAUGGAACGAGCAUGCGUGUAUGCGUGUAUGCGUGUAUGCGUUGGACGUUGUCCGAAGCUGCUGUGCGAGAUGAUGGCAUGUAUGCUGCUGACACUGCGCCUGCCCCUUUUGCUCGCAUCGCUUCGCCUGGCCUCCUGCUCUGCGCUCAGAUGAAGACCAGAGCAGACGACUUGACACCCUCACUGGACGCUCUAAGAGCUUCAUUGACUCAGAUCGACAAGAUCCGCGCUGAGCUGAGUUUGCCCGAGCACUUGGUGCAGCACAAGUCGAGCGGUGGGGAUCAAAAAGGACGGCAGGCACGUGCCAUCGAGCAAGUCGUGGAGCUGCCUACUCGGUUGCGGGAUUGCAUAGCUUUGGAGCGUGAGUGUUGCUCUUGCUUGUUCAGGUAGCAGCAUACAAGCGUGGUGGGGGGGCCUUGAGGGGGGAUGCAGCCCGCGAAUGAUGAUUGCUUCGAUGCUCACUUUUGCUUUCACCUCGAUCUCGCGCACAGGCACGGCAGAUGAAGGCCUCGCUGCGGCAGAGAGGCUGUGGGGCCAGUCCGAGGCGGUGCUGUCAGCAUGGGAUGAAGCGGGGGUACACGGCGUCAAGGAGAUUGCGUCGGAAUGCAGAGAAGUGCUGAGGGAAGCGAGGGCUAGAGUGUCUGGUGCUGCAAGGACAUAG